GGCCUCGGUGCCAUCGGCUACCCGAUGGCAGCCAAUAUCCGAAGGAAAAUGCCCAAGAGCGACACCCUUUACGUUUUUGACAUUUUCAAACCGGCUUGUGCGAAAUUCGUGGACGAGUUUUCCAGCUUUGGGCCUAUUGUCAUUGUGGGGUCGCCUCGCAAAGCUGCUGAAGGCGCUGGAACGGUUAUUUCCAUGGUACCUGGACCCAGAGAGGUCGAGAAGGUAUAUCUUGACGCCAGUGAUGGAAUUAUUGCCGCCUGCAAUGCGAGCCAUCGACUCUUGAUCGAGUGCAGCACUAUAGACACGCCAACCGCACGUAAAGUUGCAAAAACAAUUCAAGAUUCAGGCCGGGGUGUCUAUGUUGAUGCCCCUGUUUCUGGCGGGGUUCCAGCAGCCGAAAGAGGGAACCUGUCGUUCAUGAUUGGGCAUCCUGAGCCCAGUGCUGGAGAUGUGAAUAAUCUCAAUCUAAUUCUUGGCAUGAUGGGUGAUCCAGAAAAGUUCUUCUGGUGCGGUAAUGUGGGAGCUGGCCUCGCCGCAAAGAUCAGCAACAACUACAUCUCCUGUUCAGUGCUGUUACUAGUGGCGGAAGCCAUGGCCAUCGGGACCAAGUCUGGAAUAGAUCCAAAGCUGCUUCACCGAAUAAUCCACAACUCAACCGGCCAGACCUUUAUGGGGGAUAACGUGUGUCCUGUCCCAGGCGUAGUGCCCCAUGCGCCGAGCAGCAAUGAUUGGAGGCUUGGAUUCAAGACCCAAAUGUUCAUCAAGGAUAUUUCGUUGGGGAUUGAAGCUGCAAAAUCGGUCAAUAUCCAUCCAACAAUGGCCGAGGCUGCGCUUGGCGUUUUCGAGAAAGCAUCUGUCGAUCCACGAUGUGUUGACAGGGAUGGCUCAUCCGUAUAUUUGCACAUUACCAAUGACAAAAGUCCCUAA